AUGGAAUUCUUUCGUGCGCCGCCUCAAACGGCACUGUUUCCAGUGACGUCGGCAGCGUUUGUCACAGCUGCUCUUCAACAAUCAUCGCCUUCGAAUCUUCCAAUUAUUCCAUCACCAACUGAUAUCAUCACUACAGCCACAUCCACAUCUCCAGUGCCAAUCACAACGUCAUCAUCACCUCCAUGUCUUCCGAUGUUCUUGAAUUUUCCAAGUACAUCAACAACAACCAGUAUUCUGAUGGAUACUGUAUUGGCUGCUCAGAAAUUGAACCAACAGCAACAAGCAGCAGCUGCAGUGGCGGCAGCAGCAACAGCAGCAGCGACACCAAAUCCAUUCAAUUUUUUGGUUGUGAAGCAAGAGAAUCCACUUCCAGUCAUCGCCAAUCCAGCCAGUUCUCCACCCCAUGUAAUUAAGAAUUGGGAUCAAGAGGCAUAG